AUGGUUUUACAAAAUGGACAGACACUCAAAACCAGUCCCGAGGCUAACUAUAACAUUGAAAACUCCAAGAAAUUCUCGAUUCUGUCUAUCGAUGCGAUCACUAGAAGUGAUUCCGCGAACUAUACAUGUCUUGUGAGGAAUGCCUUCGGGAGUGAUAAGCAGUCGGUGUUACUAUCCAUUAAAGCGCCAAAAUUAGGCUCAAUUGUGUCCCACAAGAGCUUAUCCAUAGGAAGUAGUUUUCAAGUGUUUUGUAAUGUAGAGAAGGGAUCUUUACCCGUGUUUUUCGAGUGGUCCCGAAAUGGACAGACACUCAAAACUAGUCCCGACGCUAACUAUAAGAUUGAAAACUUUAAGAAAUUCUCGACUCUUUCCAUCGAUGAGAUCACAAGAAGUGAUUCCGCGAACUAUUCAUGUCUUGUGAGGAAUGCCGUUGGAUCUGACACUCAAUCCGUAUUACUCUCUAUUAAAGCACCAAAGUUAGGUUCUUCAGGGAUAUCUCAUAAGAGUCUGUCCUUAGGAAGCAAUUUCCAAAUCUUUUGUAAUGUAGAGACCGGCUCUUUGCCAGUGUUUUUUGAGUGGUCCCGAAAUGGACAGACACUCAAACCCAGUCCCGACGCUAACUAUAAGAUUGAAAAUUCAAAAAUGUUUUCUGCGUUUACUAUUGAGACGAUUGACAGAAGAGAUUCCGCUAACUAUUCCUGUGUUGUGAGGAACGCCUUCGGAGCUGACACUCAAUCGGUGUUACUGUCUAUUAAAGGAAGCAAUUUCCAAAUCUUUUGUAAUGUAGAGACCGGCUCUUUGCCGGUGUUUUUCGAGUGGUCCCGAAAUGGACAGACACUUAAAACUAGUCCCGACGCUAACUAUAAGAUUGGAAACUUUAAAAUGCAUUCGACUUUUACUAUUGAGAAGAUUAACAGAAGAGAUUCCGCUAACUAUUCCUGUGUUGUGAGGAAUGCCUUCGGAACUGAUAGUCAAUCGGUGUUACUAUCCAUUAAAGCGCCAAAGUUAGGCUUUUCAGGCGUUUCCCAAAAGAGUCAAUCCAUAGGAACUCAUUUCUCGGUGUUCUGUACCGUAGAAACGGGUUCUUUACCCGUGUUUUUUGAGUGGUCUCGAAAUGGACAGACGCUUAAAGCCAGUCCUGAUGUCAACUAUAAGAUUGAAAACUCUAAAAAGUUUUCCACUUUUUCUAUCGAUGCUAUUGACAGAAGAGAUGCCGCGAACUAUACAUGUCUUGUGAGGAAUGCCUUCGGAACUGAUAGUCAAUCAGUUUUAUUAUUAAUUAAAGCGCCAAAGUUGGGUUCAGGGAUAACCCAAAAGAGUCAGUCCAUAGGAACCCACUUCUCGGUGUUCUGUACCGUAGAAUCGGGUUCUUUACCCGUGUUUUUCGAGUGGUCUCGAAAUGGACAGACACUUAAACCCAGUCCUGAUGUCAGCUAUAAGAUUGACAAUUCAAAAAUGUUUUCAACGUUUACUAUUGAGAAGAUUGAUAGAAAGGAUUCCGCAAACUAUACAUGUCUUGUGAGGAAUGCCUUCGGAACUGACACUCAAUCAGUUUUAUUAUUAAUUAAAGCGCCAAAGUUAGCCUUUUCGGGUGUAUCUCAAAAAACUCAGUCCAUUGGAUCUCAUUUUCAAAUAUUCUGUACCGUAGAGACGGGUUCUUUACCCGUGUUUUUCGAGUGGUCUCGAAAUGGACAGACACUUAAACCCAGUCCUGAUGUCAACUAUAAGAUUGAAAACUUUGAUAGGUUUUCAACAUUUAUGAUCUCAAAGAUCGUGAGACAGGAUUCGGGAAAUUAUAGCUGUUUUGUGAGAAAUGCUUUCGGCUCUGACUCGCAAAAUGUUUUGCUUACUAUUAAAGUUCCCAAAUUAUCCAAACAGUCUUCCCAUAAGAAUCAGACUGAGGGCUCGUAUUUCCAACUGUUUUGUUCCGUUCAGAAGGGUUUGAAUCCAUUCUUCUUCGAGUGGUUCAGAGAUGGCCACCAAUUGAGACAAUCGGACCCUCAAGUGAACCAUCAAAUUGAUAAUUUCGACAGAUAUUCAACACUCACUAUAGAGUCGAUAGUAUCCUCAGAUGCGGGCAAUUACUCAUGUCUUGUGAGGAAUGCCUUCGGAACUGAUUCCCAGUUUGUUGUCCUCACCAUCGAAGAUGUGAAAUCAAACCCCAAUUAUAAGGUCGAGACGUCCGACGAGUUGUCGAUCCUAUCGAUAGCUUCUGUCUUUAGAAGCGAUUCCGCGAACUAUUCGUGUUUUGUUAGCAAUACUUACGGCACUGACUCUCAAACGGUUGUCCUUAACGUCAAAGUUCCCCCGACUUGGCUGAAGGAACCGCAGGAUAUUCGGGUGAAAGCAGGCGAUGAUGUGGUGGUCGAGUGUAUUGCCGAUGGAUUCACACAAAUACUAAUGAAAACAUUAUCUCCUAUUGACCUCGUCAAGGGGGCUGAACCGACUUCCUUGGCGUCCUAUAAGCCCACUUUCGUCCGCUACUACACCACCAGCUCACAUAACGGCUACCUAACGGAUUUGGAUGGCAGAAAGGUGACAGAAGGGGAAGUCCUAAAUUUGUCAAACUUCAAGACUGGCAGUAGUGAGACCUAUGAGUGCAUUGCCGACAAUGCUGAGUUCACAUUACAAAGGCCUCUAGUUGGGGACCCUAUCAAAUGGACUAAAGAUAACAUCAAACUCGACAAAUUGGGUACAAAUAAUUACGAAAUCUUUGAGACAACCACUGAUUUCGGAGUUUCAUCGGAACUCCUACUGAGAACCACUCAAAGGACUGACGGCUCGAUAUAUAAAUGUGAGGCCGAGAACACACACGGGAAGGACGAGCGCACUAUCAAACUGGUUGUGCUCGAGGUUCCCGGCCCACCGACCAAUGUCCACGUGAAAGAGGUCUGGUCCCGGACGGCUCGCAUCGUGUGGUCGGCCCCCUAUUCAGGCAAUUCGCCGCUAACUAAGUACACGAUCCAGUAUUGGCGACAUCAGAGCGCACCGCAUAGACUCCAUGAGUUUACUGCCAGUAGUACACAGACCACGGCACUCAUCAAAGACCUCAGCCCUGGCCUGUCCUACGAGAUGACUGUCGUCGGCGAGAACGAGGUCGGGAGGGGUGAGGCCGCAGACACCGUCACCUUCGUUACCGGCGAGGAGGAGCCCUCCGCUCCAGGGUUGCUGCACAGGCAACUCUCGUUUCCCGGCUGCUGGUAUGCCCAGUGCACCUCCCGCGGCGGCCGGCUCGUGACCUUGCCGCGAUACGUUCAAAACUCAAAGAACGCCGAAACGGAAAUCUAUGAGUACUUCGUGAGAGACCUGUCGAAGGGAACGGAAUACGCGAUUGUCGUGAAGGCCUACAAUUCAGCGGGCAGUGGACCCCAGUCUCACGAAAUGCUUGCCCAUACAUAUGAUGGCGAUUUACCGCCGGCUCAACAGCUCAACGCCAUUGAAUCGACGGGUAGUUCAAUAUCCGUGCGCUGGCAUCAGAAAGAUCUGCGAGAAUCCCAGACCCCGACCACCAGUUAUACCCUUCACUACAAGAAAGAGGGCGAACCCAAGUGGAAGGAAAUACCGUUGACUCAGUUGACUACACCCACGCCCAUGACCGACGCCUCCACGUUCUCCACCUAUACUUAUAACUUCAAAGUGAUUCAAAACGAAAUACUCAACCAAUUCUUCAACGACGGUCCCUAUUAUCUGCAGCCGUCGUUCACAAUACCAUUGCUAUCGGCGGCUGUUAUCAUCAUAAUUGUAAUAAUCUUUGCGUUUGUUUGCGUCCGAAGAAUCAGGAGUCGGGCGGCGGCUGAAGGCUGUGAGUAUCAACACUACCUGUCGCGGUGGGAAGUGUUCGUCAAACGGCCGAUAUGCCGAUGCCGAGGGGCAAUAUACCUGAAGCUAUUCUGGUCGCGAUUCGGUAUGAUGUUGUCAGAGGACGGCAAUGCAUACCCGACACCCUAUGCAACGAUGCCUAUGGGACAGGGAGAUGGCUCUCAAAAGCCAUGGGAACGACCCCUUUCGCAUCACUCGAUGAUGAAAAAGGAUCACCACAUCUACGAUCACCCGCAAUAA